AUGAUGCGAGUAAUUGCAGACCGAUUCAUCUCAAGCGAAGACAUGGCUUGGUUUGAAAAGAAUCUGCUGCGCGCGGUUCGCGAGGAGAUGGGCCCAGAGUACACCUCCUAUUUGGAUAAGGAAAUGUAUUUUGUCGACUUUCUCCGAGAUGCCCCGGAAGCGACUGGAGAUGAAGCUGAGGACUUUGACUUUGCUGCACCGAAGAUUUACGAACCGGCAAGUCUUUGCUCUAAUAUAUAUUUAUUUGGUAGCAAGUCAACUGGAAUGCUCGGUGAAAAAUCUCGAAUCAGGCUAUCAGCGAGCAUAAACUUCCUUUAUAUGCAACCGAUUAUUCAAAGUCUAUGCGUCUUAAAUGACAAAAAUGUGUAG